AUGGCCGAUCGGUACUCCUUCUCGUUGACAACAUUCUCGCCCAGUGGAAAGCUGGUCCAAAUUGAGUAUGCUCUAAAUGCAGUCAACCAGGGCGUUACGGCUCUGGGCAUCAAAGCCACAAAUGGCAUUGUCCUGGCCACGGAGAAGAAGUCAUCAUCUCCGCUCGCAGAUCCCGCAUCCCUCUCCAAGAUCUCUCUCAUCACACCCGACAUCGGCAUGGUGUACGCCGGCAUGGGCCCUGACUACCGUGUUCUUGUCGACCGCGCCCGCAAGGUGUCCCACUCGGGCUACAAGCGCAUCUACAACGAAUACCCUCCGACCCGGAUACUGGUCCAGGACGUCGCCCGUGUCAUGCAGGAAGCCACUCAGUCUGGUGGUGUUCGCCCCUACGGUGUCAGCCUGCUGGUUGCCGGAUGGGACGAGGGCAUUCUGCCUGAUGAGGAGCUCGAGAAGGAGGCAGCUGCAGCAGCGGAAGCCAAGAAGGCAGAGGGUGAGGACGUCGAGUUCACUGAUGGAAAGAAGAAGCUAUCGGGCAAGACAGGUGGCAUCCUCAAGGGUGGGCCCAUGCUGUAUCAGGUAGACCCGUCUGGCAGCUACUUCCCCUGGAAGGCGACGGCCAUUGGCAAGAGCGCAGCUUCGGCCAAGACCUUCCUGGAGAAGCGGUACACGGAGGGACUAGAGCUGGAAGAUGCCGUGCACAUUGCGCUGCUGACGCUGAAGGAGACGAUUGAGGGCGAGAUGAACGGCGAGACGAUUGAAAUCGGCAUUGUUGGACCUCCGGCAGACCAUUUGCUGGGCACUGAGGGCGUCGAGGGUGCACGGGGGCCGCGGUUCCGCAAACUCACACCGCAAGAGAUCGAGGAUUACCUGACCAACCUAUAA